GAUGAGAGAACAGCUGACUGGCCUUGUGGUAAUGAGCCCCCAGCGAGGACCUGUCCCAGUGGGAGCGAGUGUAAAGUGUACUGGACCGGACCCAACUUUGGUAUUACCAACUUCGACAACAUCCUUUUCGCAGUGCUUACAGUCUUCCAGUGCAUUACCAUGGAGGGCUGGGUGGACAUCCUUUACAGC